UGGAAACUAAAUACGUCCACCCUGGCGAUGUUUUAAAGGGGGUUUUUAAUGUUCUGUGCUGCCGUUUUAAGUCGACUAAAGUAAGACAAUAAAAUUUAAAUGAGAGAUAAAACCCUUUGGGACCUACAGUGGCACGCUGACACGGCAAUGUUUACCUGAGAUUUUGGAAGCUAUAGCCUGAUCGUAAACUCCUGGAGAGACUGCACACAUUUUGUGGAGUUUUCUUUACUGUUUCUAUUCGGACGCAACUUUUUUGCUGAACUGUGGUUUUGUGAAAAUGGGCGGAGAGGUGGACAUCUCCGAAGAACUUCUCGAGAGCAUACAGGACGCCGUGGGAAAGAACGUCAAGAUUUGCCUGAGCAAGAAGGUGCAGCUGGAGGUCAAAGGUGACAAACUGGAAAGCCGGAUCCUGGCUCUAGCUCCACAUCGGGCUUUUCUGCUGUCUGCUCGAGUCCCCGUCAGGGCAGAGCAAACCUUCAAUCUCUUUGACAUCCAGGCAGUCGACAGCAGCAAGCCGAACCAGUUGACGCUGGACUAUGACAAAGGACAACUUUGUCUGAAGCUGAACUCUAACGAGGAGGUUGAUGAAGUGAUUGCUCAGAUAGGGGCUAGCAUACAGGAACACUGUCCUGGACUCAGCCCAGUGAGGGUGAUGAAGAAAUUAUCUCUAAAGCCAGUUGAGAGGAUGUCCAUUCUUCAAAACCUGUGGGAGAGCAACUCUUCCGCUGAUGUCGGACCCUGUGGUGCUUUCUCUCGUAUGUAUUGGUGUGUGUGCGAUCAGUUGGGGCUGCCCUUUAAGGAGGAGGUGCAGUGGGAUGUAGACACCAUCUACCUGUCACAGGACACACGGGAACUCAAUCUGCAGGACUUUAUCCACCUGGAAAACAGGGACCUGCUGGCUAUUGUGGCAGUACUGGAGUAUAACCAGUGGUUCACUAAGCUCUCCCUAAAGGGCUAUAAACUGUCUACAGAUUUGUGUGAUCAGAUCCUGAGAGUAGUGGCCCGUUCUAGCAGAUUGGAGGAGCUUGUUCUGGAAAACACAGGACUCAAAGCUGAUUUUGCACAGAAGUUGACCAGUGCGCUGACCCAGAACACACACUCAGUGCUUCACACACUCAACCUGGCCAACAACUCACUGGAGGACAAAGGCCUUGCAUCUCUGAGCUUGCCUUUGGGAAAACUUCCUUGUGGUCUGAAAGUUCUUAACCUCUCCAAAAACUCACUCUCUGCUAAAGGUGUGAACAUUCUGGCACAGUCUCUAUGUUCUAACCCUUCUGUCUUCAACACACUCACACACCUUGACCUCUCUGGGAACACACUGAGGGGAGAUGACCUGCCUAACCUGUGGAAUUUCCUGGGACAGCCAAACAGGUUGCAAACUCUGGACUUGUCCAAUUGUGACUGCUCUCUGGACCUGGUGUGUUCCUCAUUAUUGCGAGGCUCUCUGAAGCACCUUACUGUUCUCAACAUAUCCAAAAGCAUCUUUAAUCUCAAGAGAGGAAAGGAACUACCACCCUCGUUCAAGCAGUUCUUUAACAGUGCUCAGGCCCUUAACACCAUCGUCCUCUCUGGCACCAAGCUCCCUCCAGAAGCCCUCAAAGCACUGUUGCUUGGAUUGUCCAGUAACACCAACCUGAAGGAUGUCUCUUUGGAUCUGAGCAGCUGUGAGCUGCGAUCAGCUGGUUCUCAGAUUCUGGAGGGUUGUAUCGCUGAGAUCCCCAAUAUCUCUAGCCUGGAUAUAUCAGACAAUGGCUUGGACUCUGAUCUGACAACUGUGCUGGUGUGGCUGGCUAAGAAUCGCUCCAUCAGACGUCUGUCACUGGGCAAGAAUUUCAGCAACAUCAAAUCCAAGAAUUUAGGGCAGGUCUUGAGCAGCUUGGUUAAUCUGAUCCAAGAAGAGGAAUCGCCUCUAAGCUCUCUCUCUCUGGCUGACUCUAAGCUGAAGGCGGAUCUAUGUAUUGUGUUGAACGCUGUGGGUGGGAACAGUUCCCUCACCCACUUGGACAUUAGUGGCAACAGCAUGGGGGACAUGGGGGCCAAGAUGCUGGCCAAAGCCCUGCAGAUCAACACCAAACUCAGGACUGUAAUUUGGGACAGGAAUAAUGUCAGCGUGCAGGGUCUUCAGGAUGUGGCAGCAGCUUUGGAGAAAAACUACACUAUCCGCUUCAUGCCAGUACCAAUCAUGGACGCUGCUUUGGCACUUAAAUCCAGCCCAGAGAAAACUGAGGAUGCCCUCAUGAAGAUGGAGCAGUACCUAUUAAGGAACCAUGAGACAAGGAGAUACCUCCAGGAACAGGCCUAUAGACUGCAGCAGGGAAUCAUCACCUCAGCCACACAACAGAUGAUUGGCAGGCUGUGUGUAAAGGUUCAGGACCAUCUGAACUCUCUUCGCUUCAGUGAGCGUACAAACAUUCAGGAGGACAUGAGAGUGGCAGAGAAACUCGUACAGGAUGCCCGGAACUCGAAAAAACUGUUGUCCAGUAUGUACCACCAACGCUCCUCAUUGCAAGGGGGUAGGGUUGAAGGCGGAGCUGUGGGUGGGGUAGGAUGUGGACAAAACCCAUGGGUGGGGCCUAUCCAAGAGAAGCUACAGUUGAUGGCAGGGGAGAUCAGCACUGUGAUAGACCAACAGCUGCAGAGCCUGUUGGUGUCUAUGGUAGACACGGCGGAGACUGUGUGUCCACACGUAAUGCGGCGAGCAAGCCUGAGGCCGGCUCUGAUGCGGGCAGGCGAGGGGAGGAUGAGUGUGCCGCAGGCCUUCAUCAGUAGCACUCUGCUCGAGCAGUCUGGCAUCGACAUCAUCAAUAAGAUCAGUGAAAUAAAGCUCAGUAUGGCUUCGUUCCUCUCUGACCGCAUCAUAGAUGAAAUUUUAGAAUCCCUCUCUCGCACUCAGCUCACACUGGCGGAGCACUUGAUUAGGCGUGGUCAACCACUGUUGCAUCAUGAUUCAGAGGAGACUGAAGUUCUGGAUGAGGCACAACUGCAACCAGAGAACCUACCCCCACCUCCCACUGACUUACUGCUGACUCCAACGUCCAAGAGGAAGAGCAUUCUCUUCAGGAUGGUGCGCCCCGUCUCUGUGGCCUUUGAGCUGGAGUUUGAUCUGGAUAAGGCAUUGGAGAAUGUACCCAUCCAUAUGGAGGACCUACCCCUUCCCCCGCCCCCCACCCCACUGAAGGAGGAGUUAGACAGGCAGGAGAGUGAAUGUUUCAGUGAUCUUCCAGAAACUGAGACUCCUAAACUCGAGCACAUCACCAAACACCGACCCCGCAGGAAGAAGACCAGCCGACCUUUCAGAGCGCCUGCUAUGAAGAGUGCUCCUGCAGUGGACCUGGGGCAGAAUGAACUCGUGGGAAGACUGGAUGAGGGAGUGGACGACUUCUUCGCUAAAAAAGUUACAAAGAUCAGAGCUGACUGCACAUCCAUGAAAGACGCUCUUCAGGAAGGCGAGAGGAAGAGGGAGUCUCGUAUGAGUGGUUUCUUUAACCUCAUCAAAUCGCGCUCAUCCACGAGAACUCCACCUGCCAGCCCACACUCGUCCAUGCCUGAGACAGCAAUGGUUCCCAUGGUAACAGUCCCAGGCACUUCGGCAAUAGCAGCGGCUCCGCCCAUUGUUGAAUCUGUCGACGAGUCCGCAAAGACUGGGCUCAAGAGUCCCACCCCCGAGCAUGCUCCUGAGCCAAUCAAAGCCCAGCUACUAGAGAAGGUCGAACCUUGUGGGCCUGUGGAUAUGGCAGUAACUUCUGAGCCUAAACGUCAGGAGGAGGGUAAGAAGCCUGAUGCCUCACGUGCUGGCCGCUUCAGAGGGCUGCCGGUGAUGAGUAAUGACUUCCUGGUUCAGCUCCGCGCAAAACAGGAGAAGAUGAAAGAGAAGGCAGCUGAAUCCUCAUCUAAAGGCAAAGCUGAGACUAGACAUGGUGAGGGCGACACUGGCACUGCAGAGAUUCCAGUCCAGAGAGAGCACCAUCCAGAGCCUGCAUCCAAAUCUCUCUUCCCCCAUGCUCAACCCAAACCUGCUGCAACUGAACCCGCACCUGCACCUGGGCCUGGGCUUGUUCUCACACCUGACUCUGAGUCCACCCAGAGCUCCUACUUAUCUGAACAUCCCAGCCCAGACCUCCACCCCAGCCUAGAACACCGUAGUGGUCCCUGGGUUCUUCCCAUCCCCCUGACCAGCCCCCCAAGCAGCACCUCCUGCUCCAUAUCCAAUGACGUCUCGGUCCAUUCCAGUACUGGUUCCUCCCCCAAGCUGCCUGUAGAGACUCCAGGCCACAAGAGGGAGCCAUGUGAGACAAAUAUGAAGGCGCAGCCACCUGUCAGUCACAGCACAGAAGAGAAGGAUACACCUCACUUAGUGCUGGUGGAUGGACUGGAGGACAGCGUGUUUGAGUCUGAAUCAUUUCCUUCAACCAAUCCAGCAGCAGGACAGCGAUGCAUCUCCCUUCAGUCAUCAACCAAUCCAGAUAAAGAGAAGGAUGAUCGACAGCGCACCGUGUCCCUCCCCAUACCUGCUGGGCUGCCAACCCCACCAGGUUCUCCUUUAGGUCUGGACCACAGCAGUGCAGUCUCCCACAGCCCCGACACACAUCCCCAACAUGCAGCACAACACACUUGCCCAACACCAACCAACCCUGAGCCACCCAACCUGAAUGAAGCAGAUUCAUAACCAGCAAACUAACCAGGAUGACCAGAGCAACCAACAAACUGACCUUUGAACCACUGGUGCAACUGGACAUGGUGGUAACUGGGCAGUGGUUAAGGUACUUGACUUGUAUUCAGAAGGUUGCUGGUUCAAGCCUCACCACUGCCAAGUUGCA